GAAAAGGGGAGUGUGUGAUGAGAGAGGCAGGGGCCACCGCUGCAACUAGUCCCUUCAACUUUAAAACGGAAAAGACUCGGACGAAGUAACGGGAUUUUAUUGCACUUAUUAUUAUUUUAGUUUUUAUUACAGUAGCAACAGACAACUGGAUUGCGAGGUAGAUCGCAUAAGAAGGGACAUUUUAGGAGGGAGUGUGCUUUCAGAACUAGUGUAGUUUGUGUAGACUUGCCCGUUAAUAAGAGUUUGCUGGUUAUUUGUUUUGCGGGGGCGCCAGACAGUAAUUUGUUGAACUAUGGCGCUCAAGGCGAGGGCUUUAUACGAGUUCAAUUCCGAAAACCCAGGGGAGAUAUCGUUAAAGGAACGUGAAAUAGUGAGUGUGUACAGCGAACAGGACAUUGAAGGCUGGCUAGAAGGGUCCAACAGCAAAGGCGAGAGAGGUCUCUUCCCCGCGUCCUACGUCGAGAUCCUAAAUAACGAUACCGCGUCCACGUUUAAUAAUAACAGCACGUCAGACGAUACUUACCGGGGAUCCCGAUACGCCAAUAUUCCAACCGGAGGUUUCGGGGACGCCUCGAAUAAAACAUUAAAUCAAAUUGAAAACUUGUCCAAAACAUCAAUAAUAUCGUCUGGGUUUACAGCGUCCUCGCCGCUUGCCCCAGAGCAGCAGCAGCAGCACGGUUACCAAGCCAGCCAGGGCAGUGAUGAAGACUGGGAUGAAGACUGGGAUGACACCUCGACAGUGGCUGACGAGCCCGUAGUUGUUGGUGGUAGUUUUCACCAAGGGGAUUUUGACGGCAAUGGCUCGUCUACAUAUAGCGUGUCAACAUCUUCUAUGUCCAGAAGUGGCAACGCUCCACAAGCCAAGAGCUCUGCCACGGUCAGUAGAAACCUCAAUAGGUUUUCAACAUUUGUGAAAUCAGGAGGUGAAGCGUUCGUGUUAGGUGAGGCAGCUGGGUUUGUGAAAGAUGGGGAUAAGAUCUGUGUUGUAACGGGACAAUACGGUCCAGAAUGGCAGGAAAACCCAUACCCCUUCGCCUGUACCAUAGACGACCCCACCAAGCAGACCAAGUUCAAAGGGAUGAAGAGUUACAUUGCCUACAAGCUGACGCCCACCCACACACAGACCCAGGUCAACAGAAGGUAUAAACACUUUGACUGGCUCUACGCCAGGCUGGUGGAGAAGUUCCCUGUCAUCUCGGUGCCCCACAUCCCAGAGAAACAGGCCGCGGGGCGGUUUGAGGAGGACUUCAUCUCUAAAAGGAGGAAAGGGUUGAUAUGGUGGAUGAAUCACAUGACUAGUCACCCGGUCCUGUCCAGAUGUGACGUGUUCCAGCACUUCCUCUCCUGCAACAGCAUGGACCAGAAGUCAUGGAAGCAGGGGAAGAGGAAGGCAGAGAAGGACGAGAUGGUGGGGGCUAACUUCUUCCUCACUAUCUCCACGCCCUCCGGACCCCCCCUGGACCUGGUCGAGGUCGAGUCCAAGAUCGACGGCUUCAAAGCUUUCACUAAGAAAAUGGACGACAGCGUGGUCCAGGUCAACGCCACCACCAACGAGUUCGCCCGGAAACAGAUCACGGGGUUUAAGAAGGAGUACCAGAAAGUGGGCCAGGCGUUUAAUGUCCUAGGACAGGCGUUUGAGCAGGACCAGCAGGCGUAUUCAGUAGGGUUGAACCAGGCCAUAGCGUAUACAGGAGAAGCAUACGAUGCUAUCGGAGACUACUUUGCAGAGCAGCCGAGACACGAUGUGGAUCCGUUAAUGGAUUUGUUACAGCUGUACCAGGGACAUCUGGCCAACUACCCUGACAUCAUCCACGUACAGAAAGGAGCACUUAACAAGGUGAAGGAGUCCCAGAAGCACGUUGAGGAAGGCAAGAUGGACGCUCGUCAGGCGGAUGGAGUCAACGAGCGCUGUAACAUCAUCUCCUUCGCCACACUGGCAGAGAUGCAGCACUUCCACCAGGUCCGGGUGAGGGACUUCAAGGCCCAGAUGCAGCAGUAUCUAACCGAGCAGAUUGGCUUCUUCCAGAAGAUCACUGGAAAGCUGGAGGAGGCCCUGCAGAAGUAUGACGACGCUUAGAGGAGAGAGGGGUGGGAGGGACACCUCUGAUUGGUUUAGAUCUGAUCGGGCACUUUCUGAUUGGUCCAGAUCUCAGAUCCGGCCCCCCUUAAUAGGUCUAGAUGGUUACAGAUCUGACCCUUGACCUUGCUUAUUCAGACAAUCAUCGACAUUACAGUCAACCCGCCUGACCGCAAUACAAUCCACUGUGAGAAAAAGACAGAGAAACCGGGAUAGUUUCCUGAAGCCUGGAAGUUGAUUCCAUGUUUGGUGAAUACUGUUGAAGGACUUGGAGUUGACAGAUUUCUGUUUUUAACAGGGUUGGUAAAAAGCGUCAAACAUGAGAUUGAUUAGCUGUCAUUAGCAAAGGGUCUAUAUAAUGUCCCACAGUUGACAGUGCAUGUCAGAGCCAAGGACAAUCCAUGAAGUGCAAAGCUGUCAUCAAGGUAAAAGGUGGCUACUUUGAAGAAUCUCAAAUAUAAAAUAUAUGUA